AUGGCCAAGUCGGGUCUCACAAUCGUAAUCAAGUUGGGGACGAGCUCCAUCGUGGAUGAAAAAACUCACGAGCCAAUUCUUUCAAUCUUGACAUUGAUCGUCGAGACAGUCGCGAAAUUGCGCAAAGAUGGCCACCGUGUCGUGCUGGUCUCCUCAGGUGCUGUCGGUGUCGGCCUGAGACGAAUGGACUGGGACAAGCGGCCAACGCAUCUGCCUCGUAUACAGGCUCUCGCUGCUGUUGGUCAAUGCCGACUUAUGAGUCUUUGGGAUAAUUUAUUUUCGCAUCUACGAGUGCCUGUGGCUCAGAUCCUUCUGACAAGGAAUGAUAUUGCCGAUAGAACCCAAUAUAUCAGUGCCCAAAACACCUUUGAGCAACUAUUUGAAAUGGGCGUUGUGCCUAUUGUGAAUGAAAAUGAUACCCUUGCCGUUGCUGAAAUCAAAUUUGGCGACAACGAUACCCUCUCUGCAAUCGCCGCAGCCACCGUCAAGGCCGACUAUUUAUUCCUGAUGACGGACGUGGACUGCCUGUACACAUCAAAUCCCCGGACCAACCCCGACGCCCGCCCCAUCGAGGUCGUCUCCGAUAUCUCCACCCUAGAAGCCGACGUCUCAUCCGCAGGCUCCGCGCUGGGAACCGGCGGCAUGAGCACCAAGAUCGUCGCCGCGAAACUCGGCACCAGCGCCGGCGUAACGACAAUCAUCACGAAAAGCUCCAAACCAGGCAACGUCCACGAGAUCGUCAAGUACCUGCAGAAACUCCAAGAAACCAAUGGCCAACUGCCGGCCGAUCAUCCCUCCCCGCCCCUCCACACUCGGUUCCUCCCCUCCGAUACCCCAAUUCAGUCCGUGACCUUCUGGCUCCUGCAUGGCUUGACGCCCCACGGCACGCUAUAUAUUGACCAAGGCGCGUACGACGCGAUCUGUAACCACAAGGCUAGUCUGCUCCCUGCGGGCGUUGUCGGCGUCGAGGGUCACUUUGCGAAGCAAGAAGCCGUGCGUCUGGUGGUCGCGGAGAAGUUGCCGCCGGAUGCGCUGAAUGGCGAAUUCAAUCACCAUGCGCAAGAACCGCGGGAAGUUGGGCGCGCGUUGGUGAAUUACGGGUCGAUGGAAAUUGCCUUGAUUAAGGGCCACCGGAGCACACAUAUUGAGUCUUUACUGGGAUGGUCUGACAGUGAAUAUGUUGCGCUGCGAGAGAAUAUCUCUUUCCAUCCCCAGGAGAGUCAUCCUGUCACGCCACAGCUUACUCCUGCGUUGGAGGAGUGGAAAGUCUCCAAGUCACCCAACAGUGGAUAA